AUGAGGCGAGGUUCUAAAGGCAAAGGUAUCCAGCUGGAGCAGUGGAAGAGCAGGGGGCACUCCUCUCUGGUAGUGACCCAGCGUCUUACGCUGCGCCUGCGCACCUAUGUCAGAUUUAAAGCUCCGCUAGACAGGGACGCGUUCCGACGCAACAAGACCAUCAGAGCCACCAUUUCGCCGCGCUCCAGCCCGACAUACGCCGUGUGCGAAACAACGCUGGCGGCCACGCGAGAGAGUCUCUCUAAGCGCGCUUCGCGCGUACUGCCGCACAGGGCGAACCCGGAUAGUCAGUCACUUACCCACGCGUCACGGAUGCGCGAAGCGAACGUCAACCGGGGCUUCGCCCGCCUGAGUCUCAAGCACAGAAGCUCCCUUCGUCCGUUUCAUGUCGGCGAAAUCGACGACCCGUGA